GGCGGACCGGGACCAUUCCUGCGUGGUCGGUGUGGCCGUGUGAACGAUGCUGCGGCGACUCGCGGGGAAGCGGAUCUCUCGUUGUUUUUAUUGAUACACCACGAGCGAGCGCGAGCGUGUUCCACGAGGAUGGCGCAGUGUCUGCGAAAAGCAUUUCAGAUUACUCCAAACGCAAUUCUUUAUCAACAGAAGCGUUUUCGAGGCAAAAUUAAUAUACAAAAGCCGAGAGCGCCGCAUUACUACAGAGGAUUGGUAAACGCAUUUCUGAGGCCCUUUUAUCCACCACGAAACGAAGGCAAGAGAUUAGAGGAAUUAUGCAAGAAUGUAGCAACAGUUGCGAGAAAGAAGAAGAGGGAGGAGGAAUAUAAUCCUUACCAAAGAAUAAUAGCACGUGAGGUCCGCAAUUGGUUUGACAAUUCCAAAAUGGUUGCCAUUUGCCAUGAGAAUCCCAUGUCGGAGGAGGUCAAGUUUGAGCUUAAAGUUCCAUUGAAGAGGGCAAAUAUGUACUACAAACAAUACAGCAAUAAGAUUAUGAGAUUAGCGUUGGCAGACUCGCCUUACGUGGCGACAAUGCCAUUGUUUGCGUCAAGAUUCUCCAUUGUAUUUGGUUCUGACAUAAACGUCGCUGCCUUCGAGAAAAUUACUAAAAAGUUCCCACAAGUCAUUUUAUUGGCGGGUAUACUAGAGGGACAUGUGCUCAAUAAGACGGACUUUUUGAGAUACGGCAAAAUGGAUCUUACAUCAGCGCGAGUUCAUCUCGUGCAGUUGUUACAGAACGCAGGCGGUAACAACUUGAAUCAGCAGCUCACGCAUCAUCAGUCCACGUUAGUUAAUCGAUUAAAACAGAUCGGUACAAAUGAAACGGCUCCCAGCGAGAACGAAGAAUCGGUGCCUGUAUAAUUGCAAAAAAUUGCUUGUAUCGAUAAUUUAUUAUACAACUUAGAUUUAUCGAAAGCUUUAAGUAAAGUAUGAUUUAUUUCCCUACACUUUGUAUUUGCGGUAAAAAUAACAAGCAUUGGUACAAAGU